CUUGGUGAUGUCUCGCCGGUGGGAUGGAGGAAUAGGGAGCAACGUGUAGCUGUGAGAGCAGCCUUCGUCACUCAUUGCUCCCUGCUCGAUUGUGUGUCGUCUCGCACCUUGCACCUUGCACCUCGCACCUCGAUGCUCGAUGCUCAUCGUCCGCGCCGGCCGUCAUCGCAGAGCUGCGAGCGCCACGCCACUUUUACCGCGAUCUCGCUGCGCAGCCCAGCCCCCAUUGCAUCCCCGCCGUCGUCCCCAAAGUCUGACGAGUGAAGAGAGGACGUAUGUCUACGCCGAGGCUGAUGUUUGCUUUUCGUGGAGAACCUACAUCGAGUCUCGUCUUGUCUCGUCACAGCCUCAGUCCUCUCCCCCCGCCCCUCACCCCCCGGCGCUCCUCUCGAUUCUUCUUUUUCUUUUCUCUCGCAUCCUCAUUACCAUCUCCCUCGUCACUACCACUCAUCUGCGACUACUCUCUGUUUGGUCGCUCGCAGAGUGCUUGUCUCGAUUGUCUUCCGCGACUGCCGCCACACAACCUGACUCAGGCUUUCACGCCACGCCUCGCCUCGUCCGUUGCUCGGACCCUGCGAGCGUGAGCGUCGCCGCCCGCUCAGCCUGGCUAACUCACUAAACAUUUGGCCGAUCGAGCCCACCACCAGGCCCACGCGCAUAAUCGCGACCACGACGUCGUCUGAUUGUUGCUGCCAUCCUCACUACCAUCCUCAUCAUCACACCGCA